AAAGCCAUGUGGUUAUCAUUUCCGCUAUAGUUCUUUUGCGUUUGGAGGAAUAUUCGGUUAAAAUCGCAUUUUUCCAUUUAAAAAUAUAUUAUAUAAAAUAAAUAUUUAUUCAUUCACAAUUAUGGCAAUCAAUAUAAGAGGACUUUUUAAUUUGAGUAUUUUGCAAACAAAAAAUAUAUUUUUUAAAUCUAAUUUUUUAAAAGUUGGGAUCCGAUGUUUAUACACGGAACAAGAUUUGGGUGUAACAACGUAUGAAAAUUCAAGAUUCGUAUUUCGUAAUCAAUUUAUGACAAUAGAAAAUACUUUUCGUGAGAGAAUGAAGGAAAUUUGUGAAAAAGAAGAUGGAAUAAUAUUUACAGAAGAUUUAAAAGCAAUGAUUCAUUUAGCACAAGCUAACGACCAGGAUAUGUUUUUAUUAAAUAAUAUGUUAAAAAAAUAUAUUCAGAAACAUGAACACAAUCAAAUUGGAUCAUUUGUGUUUGGCCCAAUAGUAAUGAGAAUGUUUUAUCAUCUGAAUCAACCAAAAUAUGCUUUAGAAGCAUUUGAUAAUGAAUAUUUAAAGAGCAGUUUUAACUAUCGUUCAUCUUUUCGUACCUUAAUGUGUUUGUUAUAUAAAAAUAGUAUGUUCAAAGAAAUGAAAGAUGUAUAUAACAAGGUGUUAAAUAGUAGUGGUGUAAAUUUUAUUGGCACUAAUAGUGUUUUAAUAUAUGCUGCAUGUCUAAAAGAGAAUACUCCAGAAGCAUUGGAAUUUGCUUUAAACAUUUGGAAGAAACAAUAUGAUAUAAUAAAACCUUCAGGAAGAAGUUAUGCAUUAAUAUCAUAUUUAGCAAUAAAAAAUAAUGCAUCUGAAAUAGCGUUAGAUAUAUUGAGUACAAUUCAAAGAGACAAAGUUAUGUCUAUAAGAAGUCUCAAAAUAUUGGCAUAUAUGAAUAUGGAAAGAUAUUUACAAAUAAUUCCUAUUUUAAAAGAAGUAGUAGAAAGUAAUGUAAUUCAACAGAAAUAUUUAAUUUUUGCAGAUGUGAUAUAUGAAUUGGAAGAAAAAUUGAAAACACUUGAUUUAGAAGAAUCCAUUCCAUUACUCGAUUUAAUAAAAGAAGCUAAGAGACUAGAAUUUAUUCAAACAACAAUGACUUUGGAAGAAUUCUUACUAAGACCUAUGAUGGUUAGAAGGAGAUUAAGCAGAUAUCAAGACAGAAGAGAUAGAAAUGAAGAACAAAUGUACACGAGAAAUGAAUUACAAAAUUAUUUAUGAUUUUUUUUUUUACAAUUUUCUUAUUAAAAAGAAUAACUUCAUUAAACAAUACUUUCCAUUUUGCAAUGAAGUUAUAUUAUUAUCUAUAAUAAACAAGUAUGUUAUAUUUAUCUAUAUGUUAUACAUGUAGUAAUUAUAUGGAAAGUAAUUAAUAAAAUAAAAUAAAUUUAAAAAAUCAUA